GCGAAGGGAAGAAAACGCUGAAGCAGAUCGCCGUCGCAGGGUCACCCUUGCCUUGUUCUCCUCCUCUUCUUCUUCAUCAUCGGCAGCCUCCUCCUCCUCCUCCUGUGGCUGUUCUCAAGGCGGGCUAUGACCAUGUUGUUAGAUGGCGGGCCUCAGUUCCCCGCGCUGGGAGUCGGGGGCUUCGGAGCGCCUCGCCACCACCCGCACGACGUGGCGAACCGCGACGCGGCCGCCGCCGCCGCGGCUGCAGCCAUGGGGCUCAACCACCCGUUCGCGGACUCCUCCUUUAAGAUCAGCCCGGCAGCCCACGAGCUAGCGUCGGGGCAAGGAUCGGCUUUUACGCCGCAAGCUUCGGGCUACUCUCACCACCACCACCACCCGCCGCACCCGCCGCCUCCUCAUCACGCCGGCCAGGUGCCUUCGCCCUACGCCGCCGCCGCGGCUGCCGCCGCCGCUUUCAACUCCACGCGGGACUUUCUCUUCCGCAACCGCGGAGCAUCCGCUCUCGGGGAUUCCCCCUCCGGUGGCGGCGGCGGCUGUGGAGGAGGGGGCUCCGCGGCGGCUCAGCACGGCCUCUUCGGCGGCAACGCACCCGGUGGGCUUCACGCGCCCCCGGGCAUCCCGGACAGCCCAGGCGGCUACUUGCUUUUCCCGAGUUUGCACGAGCAGAGCCCCAGCCACACUUCCCCGUCGGGGCACGUGGAGAACGGACAGAUGCACCUGGGCUUGCGGGGGGACCUUUUCGGCAGGCCGGAGACUUACCGAGGGGUCUCCAGCCCCAGAGCGGACCCUUACGGGGGGGCGGCUCAUUUCCACAAUUACAGCCCCAUGAAUGUGAAUAUGGGGGGAAUGAACGUGGCGGCCGCGGCUCACCACCACCACCACCACCACGGCGCCGGGGCUUUUUUCCGCUACAUGCGGCAGCCCAUCAAACAGGAACUGUCUUGCAAGUGGAUCGACGAGCUGCCGCAACCGCCGCCGCCUCAAGCUGCGGCGCUCAGCCGGCCCAAAAAGAGCUGCGACCGAACUUUCAGCACCAUGCACGAACUGGUCACCCACGUCACCAUGGAGCACGUCGGCGGCCCGGAGCAAAACAACCACAUCUGCUACUGGGAAGAGUGUCCCCGCGCAGGCAAGUCCUUCAAGGCGAAAUACAAGCUCGUCAACCACAUUCGCGUCCACACCGGCGAGAAGCCGUUCCCGUGCCCCUUCCCGGGAUGCGGGAAGAUCUUCGCCAGGUCGGAGAACCUUAAAAUCCACAAGAGGACGCACACAGGCGAGAAGCCCUUUAAGUGCGAGUUCGAAGGCUGUGACCGGCGUUUCGCAAAUAGCAGCGACAGAAAAAAGCACAUGCACGUGCAUACGUCGGACAAGCCAUACAUCUGCAAAGUCUGUGACAAAUCCUACACCCACCCCAGUUCCUUAAGGAAGCACAUGAAGGUCCAUGAAAGUCAAGGGUCAGAGUCCUCUCCCGCAGCUAGUUCUGGCUACGAAUCCUCUACCCCCCCAGCCAUCGCUGUGGCCAGCAGCAAGGACUCCACCAAACCCACGCAGCCAGCUGUUCAGACUGCCAACCCCAGCCACAGCCAUGGAUUGCCCCCCAACUUUAACGAGUGGUAUGUCUGAUGGAGGACCAGUUCAACCCCCUCUCCUCCCUCACAAAAAUAAUAUAAAAACCAAACUACCAGACUGGACCAAGAGGAUUCCUGGUGAUGUCAAAGGACACCGGAUGCAUCUUUGGCUUGCCACUGGAGUUUACAGGACAAACAUUAAAGGAGGAACAAACAAACAUACAAAAAGUGAUGGCAAGGGGGGGUUGUGGUUUUUUUGUCCCUACCCAAGAGAAGGAGGCUGGACUUACUCAUAUCUAUUUUUCUCAGGAUUAGCAUUUCUUCAUUUUCUGCACCAACCAUUUUUUCUUGGACUUCUUUUCUUAAAAAAGCCUUCUUCCAACUCACCCUCUGAUACUAUCCCCCCUUCCCCAACUCUCUUGCCUUUUGUAAUUUGACUUCAGUGGCUAUUCCCCCCCUUCUUUGGUGGGAUGCUGAACAACAGCAAACUGACUUUUUCCUUGGCCUUAGUUGUGAUUAUUACGAAUAAGAAAAAAAAUACAGUCUUAAAACUUGCCAAAGUCCUGUAUUGUCUUGAAAUCCUCUCUCUCUCUCUCUCUCUCUCUCCCUCUUUCUCUCCCCCUCCCUCUCCCCCCUCUCUCUCCCCCCCCUCUCUCUCCCCUCCCUCCCUCUCUCCCCUCCCUCUCUCCCCUCCCUCUCUCCCCCUCCCUCUCUAACAUUAUACUUGUGAAUGUAUUUUGUCUGACUGGGGAAAGGGAGUGGGUCUUGUUCAGUAUAUUUUUCAGGAUGGGAAAAAUGUGAUCUUUAUUUCACUCAGCUUGUGGCAGUUUAGUAUAAACAGUUGCCUUUUUGUAAUAACUUUUUUUUUGUAAAUACAUAUCCAUGAUGCCAUAUUUAUCAUUUGUAAUUUAAUUACGGAGACAAGUGCCGGGAACUGAACAAUAUUUAUGAGGAAAAAAGCAGAACAAGAACUCCAUGAAAAAGAAGAAAUUUUGUUUUCUAACAAAAACAGAAACAAACAAACACCAGACAAACUCUGUACAGCUUUUUGGUUAUAUAACUGCUUUAGCAUUAAAAGUU